AUGGCCUGUCCGAUUACGGUUGCCAAAUUUGUUGGCAUGGUCUCAAUUGGCAUAUCUACCGGUCUUUCAUACUCAAUGUCGUCUAUUACUCUACCAGCUCUUCAAGCCCUUCCCACAGCUUCAGUCGCCGCCCAGGCCUUGACUGAUAUCCAGUAUCAGGCUCGCAGAACUGCCCUGACCCUUUCGCAUAUUACUGUCAUCACUCUCCUCACAGCAUUCAGUCUCUCUUCUCCUCGUCGACGACACCCUUAUCUCCUCUGGACCAGCGCAUUCUCUCUCCUUAGUGGCCUUGGAUUAGAGCUAUAUACCAACCACCCAUCUUUCAUCCAAGGCACCGAAAGCCCUCGCACCAAUACCUGCAGCUCUUAUCUAUCAUCGCUAUGCGGUGUCUCUACAUCUGGCGAGCCUCGUUCCUCGUGCUGCUGUGUUAAGUCUGUCUUGAACCGUUUCUUCGGAUCUGCGCCUAAGCCAGCCGCCACCGAAAAGAAGCCAGAAGACGAGGACUCACUUGCGGCCUCAAGUGAAAUUGAGCUUGUCGAACCUCCAUCGGAGGCUGAGUCCAUGGGAACCUCCCGCUCGACCGAAAAACCCACACCAGCAAGCUCAGUGGCCGAAGUCAACGGAGAAUCCGUCGCAGUGUCCAUGAAGAAAGAACGCAACCUCCAUAUGCUCAGGACCUACCUUCUUGGCAUCGGUUUUUCCAUGGGCGUCAUUGGCAUCUGGGGCGAGCGAACAAAAUAG